UUCAAAUACAUCAUGUUUUAUCUACUGCUUAAGCAAUAUUCUGACAGUGUGGAUAUUUACACACUGGGUUAAUUUGGGAUAUCGAAAUCAUUCGUGAUGAGCGUUACCCACUGGGAUACCCAAACACUCAAAACUAGUUGAAAACAUAUUUUGCUUUCCGAGGUAAUCAGAGUAUCUCUGCUUCGAUGUUUAACGUCGCAGGAGUAUCCGGUGAUUGACAUCAUGAGCAUCAGGCAUCAAUCCAGGCAGUUUGGUUACGAUAACAUGCAUCAACUAAGCAAGUGAGUCUGACCACCCUAUACCUUUCGCCUCCACUGGUUUGCUAAAGACGAAUUCGGACUACAUUUCUGUAAGCACCGAAACACAUAAUUGUUACUUAGCUGCCACGGCGUCUGUAGCUGUUCACGACCCAAUGAACUGGUUUACUUGAUCCAGACGGACAAUUAAUUUGCUAUCACCCUUCCUCCACUCACACUCAGUCAGUAAUGAAGGUUUUGUGACAUUUAGUUAUAUUCAUCUCCGAGAGGGACAAAUCUAGGACCCCGUAUUUGGAAGUGCAGAGUCGAAUUCCAUCCUUGGUUUGUAUUUCGUUUGUUAGCACCUAUACAUUUAGACACACAGUUGUGUGAUGUUGACUUGAACAUAACACAAUUAACCUUUCCAAUGCUUCUUGACGUGGGUUAAACAUAAGUCCCAUGAGUUGAUUACAUAUCAUAAUUGUUUGAAAUCAUAUUUUUCCUUCUGGUUUAUAUGUUGAUUAAAGUUCUCUAUGUCAGUAUUUGUUUAGCCAUCGUACACAGUUAGAAUGUUAAUCGGUGUGUACUCUUUGCUGCAUCGUAAAUAUUAUGAUCACAACUACUCGUAUCCAGGAACAAAGAUUUUAGUGAAGGAGAUGUGUUCCUUUAGAGAUGAUAAAUCACCAGGAACAGACGGGAAGGGACAUACACCACACUGUAUAUUAUUGAACAAGAAGUAUUGUUUAUUUGAGUCGAGUUCCACAACGGUUAACAUAUGCAUAUCCAGUUCCUCUACUCGUGAUUUUUUUGUUAAGGCGUAUGCCUAAGCAUGUGCAAUGCUCACGCUGAUGCUAUUUUAGGGGCUUACAGGAGUGCUAUAUGAUUCACUGGGGUUGUACAACUCUUUAUUGAUAGCCAUUAAGCAGUCAUGGAUACAAGAAGACCAUCAUUUUGUGUGACUACUCUCUACCUUGGAACAAGCCCUGCCUAGCCCUCCGUUGCAUUAUUACUGAGAAGAUUACCACGAAAGGAUUACCACUAAGAGGUGAAUGUUACCAUCAAUGAAGCACAUGUGAUACCUUAGGCAAAGUGUGCUGAAAUAACGGAUUGUUCAACAUGUGAAACGUAAUGGGUCAUUUGGCAAACCUGAAAAGAACACUCUCGCGACGCAAAAGGUUUCAACAAGGCCAGACGGAGUGCCAUGAUCAAAAACAGCUUACAAGGAAACAGAAAGGAAGACUCGACCGGCACAAUCGAACCAAGAAAGAAGUUUCAGCACAUCCGUUGGAAGUUGGGGAAGUGUCAUCAUGUGAAUCCAGUAAUGACAGUAACGAUGUAUGUACAUCACCGGAUCACCACGGGGCGUUAACGGACUCCCCGGCCCGCCAACGUGCCUAUUCAGCUGCAUGGCAGUAUGGCCAUGACGUUGGUCCUUGCAUGACCAGAAGAGGAUCUUGCUGCUGCCACGCCCAGCUUCAGUACCAAGCUUCUAGCCAAAGCGUCCCGGACAUACGACAGACCGAGCCUCCUUUGGCUGGUCCUACGAGACGAUGGGAGUCAGAUCCUGCUCAAAUCCAUAUGACAGGAAUAGCUGGGGGAACAGUGGAUACUUCAUAUGCUGCAGGUAUAAGCAGCGGUCCAGCCCAUCAAGGAAAUGUCAUUGUUAACAACUUCACGAGACCAACAGAAGCAACAAGCAAUUCAGAUAAGGACUCGUGUUCUGAUGAAGAUAACAAUGAUUGCAACGGGGACAUCAGGAACGAGCUGAAGAGGAAGUUUAUAUACUACAGGGAGGACUUUGAACUUCUCUUGCAGCAGGCUGCAGGGAUCCUUCUGCUGUACAUCAUCCUGCCGGUCUUUGUCCUAGGAUGCAUGACUGUGCUGGCAACAGAUGCCCCACUCAUCAAGUUCGGGGUUCUUGUUUUGGCAGUGUUCGUCUCCAGGUUCACAGUUGUACUUAAGUAGGGAUUGACGUCAGUUUCUA